AUGCAGCCGCAGCCCACCGAUCCUUAUCCGCAGUCCAACGCGUCCUGGUUUAUCGACCAGUGGCUACAAGGCAAGCUCGAGAUGACGACACCACCGACAUCUCGCGGCCGGACUCUAUCGCCUGGCAAACGACGCCGCCUCAACAGUGCCGCCGAGGAUGCCGGCUCCGGAGACUCAGAAAAGAUAACCAGCGGGCUCCGCAAUUUCGAAAAGCCCAUAUACUUCCCAGCGUUCACUGCCUUCACCCAGUUGCCGGCUGACACACAAGAGCUAUACGAGCGUUUAGUAGAUAUCACAAACCCAGAAAAGAUCAUGCCGCUCUCCAUUCGUGACGAUAUUCACAGCAUAACCAGCGGCCGCUAUCAGAGUGCGCGGUUUUAUCAUGACCAGGGGAUGUUCGAGGAAGGCUCUGUUACCCAGAAGCGGUCAGACUCAGUGGCCUCCGCUGAAGGCAACCUCCGGGUGGACGAUCAAGACACCGCACGCGCCGCCGCCGACGACCUACCCCCACCAAAUCUGUCAUAUUCAGAGCGCCGGCGGCGGCGUCGACCCAGCCCCCGAGCAGUCGCCCUUACUGAACUAGACACGAUCGUCGAUCUUGCCGCCGCCGCAAACAAUUGCCGCGUGCUCGGCAGGCAGGCAACCGCAUGGAAUCUAGAGGUCCACUACCCGUUAUUUCGCCUCGCCCUAGACCGGCCAGAAUAUGCACAUGUGCUGGCCGAGCCCGUCGCCCAUGCACCUAUCGCGCCACCAUUUCUGCCGUGCAAUCCCGCCCUAGGUAGGUGGCCCGGCGAGACGGUUGAUUCGACGAGACUCGACUUUGUCCUGGCGCUGUUCGUGGAUUCGGGUCUAGAACGCGAGCUGUAUGGGUGGGUUGGGCGGCAACGGGAGAUGGAUCCAGCGCUGGGGGAGGCUAUCCGUGAGGCUGUGAGGGAGGUGCCUGUACCCCUGGGUAUAAAUCAGCUGGCGUACGAUCCGCUACGGUAUUCGCCCAUUGCGAUUGGGGUAGAGACUAGAACGGCGAGUCUCGAGGAUGGCCGGCGACAGCUUGGGGUCUAUACGGCCGCCUGGCACCGGCGUAUGGAGCACGAGUGGCGGUUGAGCUUUACUGUCGAUAGGGAGGAUACAAUUUGUGACUAUCAGGAUAUACUAACUGAUAUGACCAUCAGUAACACCCGUACGGUCACCGGUAUGUACAUGAUCAUUGCCGCCCUACGGGAACUCGCCAAGUUGAUAGGCACCCACUUCCGCGACUAG